GUGCGUUUCAUCGGCGUCUUGAAGCCAAAGUGAUCCGCAGGAGGAGCACCUGAUCCCGCACAGUCUGUCCGCGUCUGACGCACCACCAAACACAACCAUGACCAAAAUGAAGCUCUGACCGCAGUGAACACGCAUGGUUUGGUCUUUUAUUUAUUUAUUUAUUUUUUAUUCCUGAAUGAGUGAAAAGAAAAAGAGGAGGAAGAAAAAAAAGAAGAAGCGUCUGUGUCGGAGCGGAGCUGAAUUUGGUGCGUUCCAUCUGUGGGAACUUUGUGGAAAUAUGUAACACAGUGACAGAUGAGACUGAAACAUGGAACAGUCUGCUACUCUGGACAUAGAGACACUUAAGAUUACCCAGGAGCAGUUCAUCCUCGCCUCCCAGUCCUUGCACCUGCAGCGACCGGGCUGCGACGCCGUCUACCCAGUGGGUCUGUACGGCUGGAGGAAGCGAUGCCUCUACUUCUUCCUCCUGCUGCUGCUGGUCACCAUGAUUGUCAACCUGGCCCUCACUGUCUGGAUAAUAAAGGUUAUGAAUUUCUCAGUGGACGGAAUGGGGAACCUUCAGCUGAACCAGGAUGGGAUUCGCCUGGAGGGGAUUUCAGAGUUCCGUUCCCCUCUCUAUGUGAACGAGAUCCAGUCCAGAGGGGACAGCUUGUUGUUGUUGCGGUCUGAAAAGAAUGUGACGUUAAACGCCCGGAACGACCAAGGCCAUCUGACCGGACAGCUCACAGUGGGACCCGAGGCCGUGGACGCCCAGUGUCAGAGGCUGGAGGUUCGCAGCACAGACGGAGACCGGCUGAUUUUCACCGCCGAUGAGGACGAGAUAAUCAUGACCACGGAAAAGUUCACAGUCACAGGCUCAGAAGGCGCCGUUUUUCGACAUUCGGUGGAAACUCCCCUGAUCCAGGCGAGGACUUCUGAAGACCUUAAACUAGAGUCUCCAACACGGACCCUGAGCAUGGAGGCCCCCAGAGGUGUGGAAGUGAGCGCCGGCCUGGGGUCGCUGAGGAUCAGUGGUAGAAAGGACCUCCAUCUGGAGUCCACAGAGGGAGAGAUCCUUUUAGACGCCAACACCGUCCAGCUGGGGAAUCUACCGCUCGGCGAAUACGUGGCGUCUCCUGCUCAGGCCUCCCAAGAACAGACCGUAUACGAGGUUUGCGUCUGCCCCAGCGGUAAGAUCUACCUAUCGCCGGCAGAGAGGAGCUCCAGCUGCCAGGCCAUGAGUAACAUCUGCCUGUGGAGCUGACCUGGGAGCAGAUGACCCCAGAACUCCUCCCACGUCUGCUCCGGAGACGAUAGGAUUGAGGUGGGACUCCUCAGUGCAGCUGAUGGAAGGUGAACUCAUCAGAGAGGAGACGGCGCUCUGUCCGACCGUCAGAAGUCGGACGAGUGAACAGACAUGUGAGUGUGUUGGCAGCGGCGGUCUAAUGGAGGUCAGGACUCUUGUACCGCUGAGGACGGCAGCUCUGAAAUCAGGAAUAUCACAUACAAACAGGAACAUCUCCACUACCUUGUAUUAGAGCCAGAGAAUGCACUCUUUAUUUUUCUACUCGUGGUUCAUUGUACACAUACAGUGACUGUUUUCAACUAAGAUGAGAGAAGACAAAACACAGGUGCCUUCAGCUUUGAAAAUAAAGUCAUAAUGUGGCAAAAAUUGAACAGGAAGAGGAAGAU